UGUUUGAGAGGAAACGCGUUUAUUCGGUGGAGUGUAUAGCGGAGCAGUCUGACAUGGCUCUGAGAGUAACGCGAAGUUCUCAGUUGGCUGAGAAUAGGAAUGUUCUGCCUGGAAAGACUGGGAUGGCCACCAAACUGACCCUAAGGCCCAGGGCAGCCCUUGGGGACAUCGGGAAUAAAACGGCCAGUACAAGACACCUUCUGAAAAAGGACGCCAAGGCCGAAUCCAAGGUGGUCCAGAAGAAACCAGCCAAGUCUGACCACAGUUCUGAGGAGCAGAGUAAAAAAGAUGUGCCGAAAGCCGAAGCGCCGCAAUUGCCGGUUUUGGCUGAGCCUACAUCUCCCACACCCAUGGAGACCUCUGGUUGUGCCUCAGAAGACCUCUGUCAAGCCUUUUCAGAAGUACUAUUGAAUAUCAAGGAUGUGGAUGCUGAUGACUAUGACAAUCCCUUGCUCUGCAGUGAAUAUGUGAAGGAUAUCUACAAAUAUCUGCGUCAGCUUGAGGUAGAACAGUCGGUCAGACCCAAAUACCUGGAGGGCCGGGAAGUGACUGGAAACAUGCGUGCGAUUCUUAUUGACUGGCUGGUUCAGGUUCAGAUAAAGUUUCGGCUGCUGCAGGAGACGAUGUACAUGACUGUAGCAAUCAUUGACCGCUUUCUUCAGGAUCACCCUGUGCCCAAAAAACAGCUCCAGCUUGUUGGUGUGACAGCCAUGUUCAUUGCCUCCAAAUAUGAAGAAAUGUACCCUCCAGAGAUUGCGGAUUUUGCCUUUGUCACUGAUCGUGCCUACACUACUGCUCAGAUCAGAGACAUGGAAAUGAAAAUUCUCAGAGUACUAAAGUUCAGCUUUGGCAGACCUCUACCCCUCCAAUUCCUCAGGCGUGCUUCCAAGAUUGCAGAGGUUACAGCAGAGCAGCACACCCUGGCAAAAUACUUUGUGGAACUCACCAUGGUGGACUAUGACAUGGUGCACUUCCCUCCUUCCCAUGUUGCUUCUGCAGCGUUUGCACUGAUGCAGAGAGUCUUGAGCUGUGGUGACUGGACAAAUGUUCUGCAGCACUACAUGGGCUACGCAGAGGACCAUCUAGUUACUGUGAUGCAGCACAUUGCCAAGAAUGUUGUGAAGGUGAAUGAGGGGCAAACCAAGCAUCUGGCUGUGAAGAACAAGUAUGCCAGCCAGAAGCAAAUGAAAAUCAGUACAAUUCCCCAGCUGAAGUCUUUGGUCAUCAAGGAUCUGGCAAAACAGUUGUCAUAAUUGUUUUAGGCACUGCUAUGUGUACAGAAUAUUUUAUUUCACUUUUAAAUAAAGUUUUUGAUUUUU